AUGUGGAUUUGCCCUUUGGACUUGCGGGGGUGCGAAACGUGCAAAUUUGCGCUGCUCAGCGUGUGCGGGAGGGGGGGGAGGAGCUUCGACGGAGGAAGUCGCCCCUUCGUCGGCCGCGGUGUGUGUGUGCGUGUGUGUGUGUGUGUGUGUGUGUGUGUGUGUGUGCUAACUUACCUCCGGAGCGAGCGUCGCGAAGCACCGGAUCGCCGAAUAACAUCCACGGGGGCGGCGGCGUGGACGAGCCGCGCUCGGAUCCGCUCGCCCGGACCCGAACGUCGGCCCGCGCGGUGCACUUUGGGCGAGCAGUAUGCAUUUGGACUGCAGGCUGCCAGUACGGAAGGAGCGGUAAUGGUGGGCAGGGGGCCGACAGGGGCCGAGGUUCUCGUCCUGUCGAUCCUCGUCAUCAUCCUCACCGCGGAAGGCUGCAGGGCGCAGAAAGGUGACGGCUGCGGCCCCACAGUGCUGGGCCCCAGCAGCGGGACGCUGUCGUCCCCGGGCUAUCCGGGGCCGUACCCCAACAACACGGUGUGCGAGUGGGAGAUCGGCGUGCCCCCCGGCAACCGGGUCCACUUCUGUUUCGCCGAGCUGGACAUCGACGACGGCGACUGCCAGGUCAACUACCUCCGCCUGUACAACGGCGUCGGACUCGACAGGAGCGAAAUCGCGAAGUACUGCGGCUUGAAUGUGGAGGCGAACGAGCUCAUCGAGUCCACCGGCAACCGGGUGACUGUUCAGUUCAUGAGCGGGAGCCAUCGCACUGGACGUGGAUUCUACCUGUCCUACUCCACCGCAGAACACACAGAUCUCAUCACCUGCCUGCACAAAGGAAGCGAUUUCCCCGAGGCGGAGUUUAGCAAAUACUGUCCAGCCGGAUGUUUGACAUCUACAGAGGAGGUUUCCGGAACGAUACCGAAUGGGUACAGAGAGUCGUCUCCCCUGUGCUUGGCCGCCGUCCACGCUGGCGUGGUGUCCAACGCCGUGGGGGGCAGCAUCCACGUGGUGAGCAGCAAAGGUAUCCCGCGCUACGAGGGCACACUGGCCAACAACGUCACAUCCACUGGAGGAACUUUGUCAAACAGUCUCUUCACCUUCAGGACGAAUGGCUGCUACGGAACGCUGGGACUAGAGUCCGGCGGCGUGGCGGACAUUCAGAUCUCCGCUUCGUCCGUGUGGGAGUGGAACGACGUGGCGGGCCAGCGCAGCGUGUGGGCGCCGUCGGGGGCUCGGCUAAAAAAGGCGAGCCUGCCCUGGGCGCCGUCCCAGAGUGACCAGCACCAGUGGCUGCAGGUGGACCUGAAAAGACAGAAGCGGAUCACAGGCAUCAUCAGCACAGGCUCGACACUGCGGGAGUUCCCGUACUACGUGGCGGCGUACCGCGUCCUCUACAGCCACGACGGCCAGCGCUGGCUCCGCUACAAGGAGGCCAACUCCACCCAAGACGUGACUUUUCAAGGAAACAUCAACUACCUGGACGAGGUGCGGAAUAAUUUCAUCCCUCCCAUCGAGGCGCGCUACCUGAGGAUAAAUCCAACCUGGUGGCACCAGAGGAUCGCUAUCAAGGUGGAGCUGCUCGGUUGCCAAGUGUCUACAGCGAGGAAGAGUAUGACGCCCAGGAUGUUCCCGCCUCCCCGUUUCACCCCUCGCCCGGCAGCCACGAAACGCCCGCUUACGCUCGGCAAGACCACUUCACCUCCUGACAUCAGAAACACGACCAUGCCGCCUCUCACUGGCAAAGAGGUGGCACUGGCUGCCGUCCUGGUGCCCGUCUUGGUCAUGGUGUUGACGGCGUUUAUCUUGCUGGUGGUUUGUGCUCGGCACUGGAGGAGUCGGCAAAAGAGCUCCGAAGGAACGUACGAUCUUCCUCACUGGAAUCGCACUGACUGGUGGAAAAGUAUGAAGCAGCUGCUGCCGUCCAAGAUGGUGGAGGCGGAAGACUCGGUCCGCUACAGCAGCAGCGAGGUGGGCCGGCUCACGGCGAGGGGCGCCGUUACGAGACUGCACGCUGAACCCGCAGAAUAUGCGCAGCCCCUGGUGAGCGGCGUAACAACAUUGGGCGCCCGAUCCACGUUUAAACCCGACGAGGGUCCCGACCCGGGGUACAGCGACCCCGACUUGUACGACGCCCCCAUCUCCCCAGACGUCUACCACGCGUACGCCGAGCCGCUCCCCGCCUCGGGGGCCGAGUACGCCACGCCCAUCGUGGUGGACAUGGGCCGCCACCCGUCGGGGGCCGCGCCCGGAGCCUUGCUGCUGGCGCGGGCGGAGGGCGGCCAAACGGCGUACGACACGCCCAAAAAUGCCACGGGACAGGACCUGGCCUAUCAGGUGCCUCAGUGCGGCGCCAACAGAGCCGAAGGGGGCGCGUGAUCGGCGGACCGUCACCCGUAGACGUCUGUGUCGUGUACACACGGCGAGUACGAUCCGCUCGCGUUGGCGCCAUUCCAGUCGGAUCACUGAAAGCGCAGAAAUGAAUGUUGUGUUCGCGCGGCGUACAAAGCUCACGAAAUGAGCGCGCCGACUACUGUUUUUCAAAAUCUGUGAUUCUUGCUUUUGUGAAACUGUGAUUGUUUUUUUUUUUCUGUUAAAAACGUGAUGGUGGAAAACAAUGAAUUCCUCCUUAGCGUAGUUGUCCACGGUACGCGUCGUCUUUGAAAGCGUGACUUGAACUUGUGCUGCAGCUCGUGUGAUUCCGUCGCUGCCAACCUCUUAGAAUUCCCAAGUGAUUUUUUUACUGAUAUUUAUUUUUGAAUCCUGCUGAUGACGAGAAGCCCACCCGCUGCCCACCCCACGCCGCUUGCGCAGACCAAAAUGUUGCCUUUUUUGUGUUUGUUUGUUGCAACUCAGCAGAAUUUUUAAAGUCUUAAUGUGAGAAAUAAAGCAAAGAUUUUAAAGACAGAAA